GUGACACCGCACGUGACCUGUGUGCGCAAUUGGAAGGAACCGACGAUUCGUUUCGUGGUUAUCUAGAAAGAGUCUGCAGGUGUGAUUUGAUUCUGCCAUGGCAUCUUCUAAGAGAAGAGGUGAUGUUGCUAAGGAAGCAAUCACCACAUCUCGAAUGCCAGCUGAGAGUGAAGACCACCCGUCUAAACAAGCUAAACUUGAUGAAAAUGUAGUUCAAGUGCAAACAGCCAUUGAGAAAACAGGUCCUGGACUUGAAGACCAAGCAAUUGACACACUAGUGAAUAUUUUCAGUUACCUUUCACUUUCACAAUGCCUUAAGAUAGAGCACUUGCACUCCAAAUUUGCUGAAGCUGUGACUGUGACCUUGAGGCAUUGGAAGAAGGUCAACCUAACCGAAGAAUGCAUGUCAUUGGAAGUGCCCAAGACACUGACCGAUGAGAGGUUUAUCUACUUGAUGAGACGUUGUGAAAAUGUACAAGUUGUUGAAGGUGUCCAUCCCCAAGAUACACGACCACUGAAUGAAAACAGAGUCAAAUUGACAGCAGAUGGCGUGAUCAAAGGACUAAAGCUAUGCUCUAAGCUGAAAGAAAUUGGCACCUCCUCUGUUCCUGUUUUCAACUUCCUGAUACAAGAAAGACCCGAGGUGCAUAUUCUUGGCCAAUUUUCUGCUAAUCGUCAUGGCACCUUUCCAGCUCUUCCAACUCAUGAGGUCAUUCUUCGUCCCAAAAUGCAAGUCAAUUCUCUAAAUUUAAGUGCAGUUCAUGUUUCUUCCCUUCCUGAAAUGCCUCAGCUUGCGGAGUUGAUUCUCAAAUGGGUCGUGUUCACCAAGCCGCAACCAUUUCAGGAGUUCAAGGCUCCUUGGCUUCAACGUUUUAGUAUGAAACAUUGUUCAUGUAUAGGAGAUCCACAGUUGACAUACGAGCAAUUAUUCGUCGGUCUUGGUCAAGCCCAUCAUCUUAAGCACUUGGAGUUAGCUCGUGUACCUUUCCCAGCUGGUUGCCUUCAUGAAACAGCAUCCACUUUGGCUCAACCUGAAAUGCGCAGCUUCCGGUUUAUCUCUAACCUCACUAUGGCAAUGUGCUCAUCUGCAACAGAAGUAGACCUCGGGUAUCUGAUUGCUCUGUCUGCUCUUUCAAUCCAGAACCUAUAUAUCCAACCAUCAUUGAGCUCAGAAAUCAUGUUUACUGCUUUGGCUGCAACCAAUGUAACUAUUACUCAGCUCGAAUUCCUUCAUCUCGGUUAUACCGAUGACUUCCCUGCUUGCAAUGAAAUGGAUGAAAAUGACAUGGAGAGGCACGGACUGGUGCCCUGCCAUGACACUGACUGUCCAAUAACAGAUACGGGAAUGCAACGUGUUUUUCAAGUCUUUACAUCAUUAAAGCGACUUCUUGCUCACAAUUGUUCGUUUCUAGUUCACCCUGACAAAUGGUUCAGCGAAGGCUCUUGCCAGAAUCUUAUUGAAUUGAAAUUAAUCAAUUGCAGUCAAAUAUCGACUGCAAGUUUGAGUAAGCUGAUCAUUGAGCUCCCACGUUUACAACUUCUUUCGCUCGAGAGGGUUGGCUCCCCUGUUGCUGACAUGGUAGAUGCUGAACUUCAUGGCUCGGUUGUCCCUUCUACUGCCACACAUGCUGUUGUGCAAGCAUUGGGUAUGCUUGGUAUCACCAGCCAAUCUGUUACUGCCAUGUAUGCAAAAGACAGUAUCAGUCACUUCACAAUUUCAAGCCAAACUCUACGAAAUGUGAUGAUUACUAAAUGCAAGUAUAUGGCAGUUAUGCUGAAGGAUUGUUCUCAGUUGGAAGAUUUCUCGCUUACAGAAUGCGAGAACCUUGUCAGUCUAGUUUUCCAAGACUCUAAACUGUCACGUGGCCGGAUUUCCAAAUGUCCAUCUCUCAAACCAGAAGGCUUUCUUCACAGUCUGUCGUUACUUCCUUCCACUAGCAGUCAUCUCAUGGUUUACCAUACCAAUGAUGCUUGCAUAAACCGUGAUGAUAUUGAACUGACUUUGUUUAGUUCAGCCUCUUCAUAUCAUGUUGGUGUCAUUUACGAUAAAGUAUGUCCUCUUUCAGUUCGCACACAAGUACGAAUGAGAGCUUGGAUUGAUUGGAUCGAAAGGAUCAAUUCAAAGCUCUUAGCUGAAGGCUUUCCUCCUGCAAAGGUGGAGUCAUAUGAUUACAACUCCCCAGGCAUAGUCCGGGCUGGGGAAACACCACCCACAGUUUUGUCAAAAGAACCGAGUGAUAAACAGACAGUUGAUGACAAAACAAGUGAGCCUGAGUCAGCACCUGCAGCUGCUGCUGCUGCUGAAAGUACAACAAAUGCAAGUGCAACAAAUGCGACUGGAAAGACAGAGAAAGGAGCAACAGGAGGGAAACCAAAGAAGAAACUUAAGAAACGGAUGAGAGGACCACCAUCACAAAUUGAAACAGAAUGGAGAUGUGGACGUGAUGUACGUCGGUAUGAAGGGCAAUGCAUGGCGGAAGGCACAACAGGUGACUUUGUUUACGUUGGUGAUUUGCCGUGGAUGGAGGAACUUGCCUACACAAAACUACUAAAGAAUUGGAAAGAAGCUGGAAUAUUUGCACCAACCGUUCCUGCCAUACCACUGUUUAGACCAGCUGUGACUGUUGAUCAAUGCAUAGAGACACUAAAGGAAAGUGUUGAGGCUAAGAAAGCAGCUGGGAUUGGAGUGCACAAGAAAUGCCUCGUUCUGAUCGUCAGCACUGCUGAAGAGAAAGAACGAAAAUAAUGAUGCUAAGCAGUAAUCAACUGUAUGACUGUAUUUGACUAGAAAUCAUUGCUAUUGGUCAUUGAGCAACUGCUAUUUUCCUAGAGCAACUAUUUUGCUGUUUGAGUCAGUUUGCUACGUUUUGCUUUUUUAAGAAUGCGAGA